CGGUAGUUUUGAGUGAUUUGUGACUUUUCCUCCAUAAACCCUCUGAUAAACCUGCCAACAUGCGGUUUCGAGCGAAGAUUGUGGACAUCAAUUGCAUCCAACAUUUCACGCGUAAGUAGUUUGACUUUUUCUUUAAUGUUUAUCCGGGUAAAAGUAACUUCGAGAGUACAGUGUGUGGUCCUUGGUCCGCGUGUAAAAGUCAUUAACUUGAAUAUCUUACCCGAAUCUUCACGUAACGAGCUGAAAUACUCCCUGAAGAUAGCUUUUAUGUUCCUGUCGAUAAUCCUGAAGUUUCAAGUUCCAGACAUAAAUAUUUUGCUUGGAAUUCGCAAAAAGGCGACCGUUUUCGAUGGUCCUUGGUCCGCGAAUCUAGUCCUUGGUCCGCGUCUCAGGUAAGCAGCACGAUAAAAACGUAAAAAUGUUAUAGUUUCCACUCGAAAACGUGAUUUUCGCAGUAUUUCUUGUAUUUUCUUCUUUUCUUGAUGCAAUUAAGCUAAAGUUUUUUUCGGAAAAUGUUGUGAGCAUAAAAUAAUCUGCUUUUCUUUCAAAGACUUCAGACAACAGUAUCCUCGAGUCUCCCACACGAGCGUCGACGAGCGGUUUUUAGCGCGGUCGAAAAUAAUUACCAAAAACUCUGUAUGUAUUCGAGGUAUUAAAAAAAGAGAACUUGUAGACAUGUAUAGGGACGAUUUUCAAAACAUUUUUCGAAAACAAAGGCCGUCGCUUUUUACUUUGGGAAGUUUUAUUCAACCAAGGUGAUAGGUCGCGGACCAAGGACCGCUUAGCGAAAUCUGGUGAUAUUUUUCAAGAGUCGCUAAAACAAAAAAUUCAGAGUCUACAGCAAUAUGCUUCCAACAGCAGAAAUAAGUUGAUCUGAAAACCUGUUCUGCAAAAAGGCAAGUCUUCCCGUUGCGUUUUAGUCAUUUGCAGGCUAAGUAAACAUGACCAUGUAAUUUACGGUGCCGCAAAAAUCCACACUUCAAGAAAGACAAAUUAACCUACCUGUCAACAAACUUUAAUUUCGCGUCUUCACCCGCAGCAAGAAAGCUGAAACUUCGUCAUAUGAAAGAAUGCUAAUCAGUAAAUCACGAUAUCUUUCAUUAUUCAACGUAUUUUUUUUCUCGACGAAGUAUUUUAUCAUUUUCGGAAAAGACGCGGACCAAGGGCAUCGCGGACUUCCGCGGACCAAGGACCACAUACUGUACAUAUCAGUAAGCUAAUUGCGUAAGACAAGAUUUUCUACUCUCGCAAAUCCCAUAAAAAAGUAAAGUAUAGCAUUAAUGGGAAUGUUUUUUCUGCUAAUAAUACAUCAGAAUGCAUGAGAUUUUUAGACUUUCAACUGAACGAUUUUCGAAUGUCAGAUAUUAUUUGAACUGUGGGACCGGAUGAAGAAAUGAAAGCAGGGAAGAUUGUCACUCUAGUUAGGGGGUCAUCGACAUAUUCACCUUUUCCCCGCUUAACCCCGCCCCCCUCCCACCCACCCCCUUCUUAACAUCCACUUGACACUUUGCUGCCCAAAAAGUCACUGCAUUCCAGAAGGAAUAUUGACAUAAUACGUGAACAUGUCAAUAGUGUCAACACAAUUUAUUGCUCAAAUUGUUUGAUGGAUUUCCUGUGACACUUGUACCAUCUACGCACAACUUGCCAAGUGAGGAGGAAUUCGAAGAAAUUAGCAGAGUUUGCCACUUGUGUAAUUAAGAUAGACUUUUGCACAUUGUAAAAGUUAUCGACUUUAUACCUUAUUCAGAAAUUACUUAAAUGCAGAGAAGAUCAUCACAGUUAAUUAUGCAACUUAUGCAGCUGCGAAAAGAAAGCUUGAAUAGGGUAAUUUCCAUAACCAAUCUGUCGUCUAAACAAUGGCUUUAGAAUAGUCCAUCCAAAAAGGGCCAACCUUAAAACCUUUUAAAAUUGUCACUUGGUUAGCUCAGUUGGGAGAGUGCCGGUCUUCUGAGCGGGAGGUCACGGGUUCAAACCCUAGCUGGACAAACACUCAGGGUCUUUAACUAACCAAGAAGAAGGUGUUGCCUUUGUAAUGACAACUUCAAAUGGUAAGACGUUCUAGUCUUCUCAGAUAAGCAUGAAAAACCAUAGGUCCCAUCUCACAGCACUUUCACUGAUCUGUUCUUGUGGGAUGUAAAAGAACCCACAUUACUGUUUGAAAAGAGUAGGGGAGAUUGACCUUAGUUGUGUGGCCAACCUUCACGCGUUGUGGGAUUGGCAAAGGAUGGCACCUUGCAUGGGAUCUUUGAGACUCGUUCGUGCCCAUUCCCUCUGGGCAGGUGUGUGUCCAGGAAAGCUGGUAAAAAAAACCUUGAAAGUUACAACUACUGUAUUGGACUGUCCUAAAACUAUACAAUCUUGGAGGCCCCGUUUGGGUAAAAUUCCAACAAGUGACAAGGCCUUGAAACAGCAACAUAAAACCAGAUUAAAUGGCUGCAAAUGACAUAAAGAUGGGUAAAACACCGUCAGUUAGAUAUCUUACUUCUCAAAAUGCCACAUGAUCGUAUUCAAAAUUCGGUCUAAUAGGACCUCAAAAUGCUACUUGGAAUGUUACUUUAAAAUUAUUUCUGUCAGCAGCAAUUGUUGUAUUCAUGCAAUCCAUGUAACCAUUUGAAGACUUCAAUUUUGAAUUUUGUAUGGACUGUUGUUCUGAAGCUUUUUAUCUCAAAGCUUCAGUCUUGACAAGAAUUUUUUGAAACUAUUAGUUUUUGCGCAGAGCUGAAAGAAAAAGAAAAGUCACUGUGAAACUUUAAAUGGAAAAGAUUAUUUAAAAAUAUGUUUGAAAUUAAACAUCAUUCACUGUACAUCAAAAAUAUGCAAAAAUAAUGUAAUAUUUGGUUUUCCCUACAUUGGUCUAGUACACAUUAUUUAGCCUUCUUUACCGCUUUUUAUAAGCUAGGCAGGGUGAUUGAGGCCUGAUGAAGUGGAUUUUGUAAAGGGAAUCUAGGAUGGGGGUAGGGAGCAGGUAGAAAACUCCAACCAGAUCAAGGGAAAACAAUGCCUUUUGUGUAAUAAUGUCUGGUAAGUAUGUAAAUUUGGUGCUUGAGGAGUUUCUACCUGCCUUGAAUUGGAGGACUUAAGACGGAAUCCAUCAGAAAAUUGAGUAGGCUUCAAUUUUCAUCCGUCAAAAACCUUGUACUAGAAUAAUUUAACAAUAUUGCAUUCUUUUUUACAUUAUCCUCUUGAAUACGUAUUGAUAUAUUGUUAAGACAAAAAUCACAUGUCUCUUGUAGGAUUUACCCUGCAUUGUAAAAUGCAACCUUUAUUUGCUUUGUUUUCUUUUCGUCUCAUUUCACACCACGUAUUUUUAUAGUUAUCAUCUGGAGAGUGAAAAAGUGCUCUUUCAAACUUUGUGAUCACACAUGCAUACAUUCUUUAUCUACACAAAGGCAAUGAACUCAGAACUUAGUAAAAAUACUCCCAAAAAUGUAGAUUGCUAUAAUAUAUGUUCAUCUGCGUUAUUGAACAAGCAGGAGGUCAAGAUGGCUGGAUAUCGGUCAAGUCCUUUUUUGUGUUUUUAUGGACCAGGUUGAAGUCGAGGUCGAUAAAAGGGCAAGAAAUAUCAAGGUUAAUAUCCAGUCAGAUUGACUGAACAAACUUGGUCAAAGAUGGCUAAAAGGAGAACUUUGUCUUGCAAGACCAAUGUGGGAAAUCUUGAGUGGGCAAGAUGGGUCUUGGGUAGCCAAUCAGAUUAAAAGAUUCUCUUCAUUUUGCCUGUUUGUGGAUUCAGAGGUAUCAGUUAGCAUUGUGCAAUCAACUAGGUACAUUUUUGUACCUUAAAAUGUUUAAUGACUUGUCUGUUGAAGACAGACUGAAGAACUUUUUGUAUGAGGUCACUAUACUAGCAAUAUGAGAGUGUGGUCUUAAGCUCUGGUGAUAAAAGAAUAAUGUGAAAGUGGAAACUUUACAUCUGUUCAGUAAAAGAUGAAUGCUGACCUUGUCAUUGAAAUCAGAGGAUUAUGAUUUUGCUGUAUGCAUUGAACAAGAUCUAUUAACAUUAUUGUACCACAUGUAUCUAUUUUUGGUGCUACAGGGGUGCUAGGAACCAUAUCCCGCAUGGCAAAGAUGUGUGCCCUACGACUGACACCAACAAAGUUGUACUUUAUUCUGACUGACAAUGCUGCUGUUGGAGGAGUGUCAAUCUGGUGUGAAUUAACACAGGUUAAUAGCUAUUGAUAAACUAUGUAUGUCAUUUUGUGAGUUAUAGGUUAUAGGGAUUUAUCUGAUCCUGUCCAACUUUGCUUGCUUUAUGUUAAACUUUGUGCAGUUAGGAGGUCCAACCCCUUACCCUUAGGCUUAUAUUAUACAGCUAUUUCGAGAAAGGUUGUCGGGAAAAGUGCACGCGACAAUCCUGAAAGGCAUUGUGGGUGGUUUUGAGUUCUCUUUUUUUCAAAGAAAUUUGAAAGAAUGGCACAAAAGGCCAUGGAAAUGUGUUUGCGAGUGCUAAAGGAAAGUAACAAAAGUAGGCAGCUGACAGCUACAGUCGUCAGGAACAGUGUAUUGAUCAUAUCCCAUAUUACCUUUUGGGAUUGUCACGUGCACAUUUUUUCCGACAACCUUUCUCAAAAUAGCUGUAGACCAUUUUUGAGAGAAAAGGUACCCCUUUUUGUAUACCUUUCCGGUGAUUUUGUCACAAAUAGUUAUGGUGAGUCCUGGGACUCAUCUUGUGAAAAAAUCAUGAGUCCCAGUCCAGAAUCAUUGAGUCCCAGUUGUAACCACACAGUUAAUCUGAAAACAGACUCCUAACUUAGUAUUACACUUUACUGAAGUAAAAAUACACUCUUUCUUUUGUAAAGCACAACAAAGACCAAAAGAAAGACAGACCGUAAGCAUUGUUUAACAACAGCACAAGAACAGCCACAGAAAUCACACAAACAGGAUGUUCUACAAAAACAUCUUCAGAUUGAUCAAUCAAUCUUUGCGUCCUAUGGGACGCAUACCACAAGUAGAAUUUUAGUUUUCUGUCAAAUCUGUGGACUGCAUUUAGAUCUUCUUGCAUCCCAUCCACAUUGAUGUUGAACCCUUCCACCCACCCUACCCACAAUAACAGAAAAAAUAGCCAAUUUUAAGAACACAUUUGUUCUGCAAAUGUGUUAUAAAGUCUCCGCUGUCUACUCAGUAUUUUACUGCAGGCCUUUAAUCGUCAGUAUCCACAUUUAAAAUCUCCAGACUUAUCUCCACACAAAUUACCUUCAAUGAGGAAUCAGUGGGGAGAAUGUGCAGGGUUGUCAGAAAGUUUUGAAGUAGACGACUGAUUUGUUUAAGCAGCCAGUCGAGGGAUAUUUUAUUUAAUAAACGUCAUCUGUAAAAAAAAUGCCAAACGGAGUAGCUGGCCGAUACUAACGAAGUAGGCAGUGGUUUUUGCCAGCAGCUGUCUACUUUUGACAAUCCUGGAAUGUGAAAAAUGAUCAGAGCAUUUUUGAACCUUUCCUCUUGAUGAUGUAUUGGUAUUGUUGAGACGAAGUUACUGCUGGUCCCCCUUAACCCUUUAAGCCCCAAUAUCCACAUACAAAUUCUCCAAACUGAUCUCCAUACAUUUCCUUUAAGAAUUAGUUGAGAGAAUUUCAUAAAACAUCAAGGCAUUUUCUCUUUCGUGAUCAUUUUUUAUAUUCUCACAACCUUAUCUCUUGACAAUGUAUGGACAUUGUUAGGAGAAAAUUGCUGUUGGUCACUACUGGGACUUAAAGGGUUAAUACUUAAAGGGUUAAGUACCUCUCUCCUCCUCAGCAGAGGCCUCCUUGUGUUGUAGGGACCAAGGCUAUUUUUAUUGGGAUAUCCAGUGGGAGCCUCUGCAGAGGCGAGAGGUUGAGUAACUAACAGUUGGUCUUGCCAGGUUGAAAUGCAGGGUUACAUGUACCUUUUAGAAGUUUUUGUCUCAACAAAUUGAGCUACCCAGUCCAUAUAGCCUGAAUAUUUAAAUGAAACAUGCAUUUUUGGUAGUUCUUUAAUUGCUAUUAAUGAUUGGAUGUACAUUUGUGUUGGGGAACAGAAUGAAAAGUGCUCUGUCACUCAGGUAAUAAAGUUCAGGCUGUUUCUGCUCAGCAUGGUUCCCCGUUGUGUUUGACAAUGUUCUUAAUAUGUAAAUGAUUUUAAAGAAUGUUCUUCAUUUGUUUUUGAUUUCAGAGUAAUUUCUUUGAUGAGUAUCGCAUUGAAGGGAAAGAUGAAACCAACAACAUAUAUCUUGAGUUAAUGCCAGAAAAUCUCACAAGGGCAAUGAAAUCAGCUGCCAGUGCACAAGCAGUGAAAAUAAAGCUGGCAAAGAAACAUACCCCAUGCCUGACAUUUGAGAUUACUUUGGUAAGCUCCAUAAUACAUUGACAACUUGUAGUGUAUGACCAUCAUUGCAACAAUAAAUUUUGUUACAAAACUCAAAUGCUAGAUUCCGAGACAAAGAACUCAUUUUCAUUGUGACUGAUGUAUACGUUACAGGUCAAAAUUAAAUUCACGUUAAAAUUUUUUAACCUAGGUUGAUUCUAAUUUUCCUUUCACCGCUUUAUCUCCUAGCCCAAAUUCAAGAAUAAUCACGGUUAGGAGAUAUAGGAAAUUGAGAAUCAACCUAGGUUAAAAGAUUUUGACCUGGAAUAUAAUUUUUACCUGUAACCUACAUGUAUACAUGUGUACAUAAUGAGUGGGUUGUGUGCAAUAAGCCCCUUGCAGGUUUGCUGAACACAUUACCUAUCUCAAGUAACUUUUCAACUUGUUCAGUGGGGAAGGGUCUAGGCAUGUCAUCCUUUAACAAAAUCAUUAACUAAGACAUGCAAGAAGUGGCCCCAAUGAAGCAAAAUGUGAGAGCUGAUCGCUCAAAGGACAAGCUAGAAUUCAAGGUCUUUUUAGCCCUGUCAUGCCAAAGUUAAAGUGGGAUAUAUGACCCUAAAAAUUAUCACAGGUUGAAAGGCCAUAAAGUGAAUCGUGGAUCUAACAAUUUUUAAGUUGUAAAACUCGUGAUAAUUAGUUAUUUUAUGGUGGUUUUAAUAAAGGAGAAAAAUACCAUAAUAUGUUACUUUGAAAAAAGUGAUAGGACUGCAUACCCUGGAAUCAAGAAACUUUACCAUACAAAACAUUAUACAUGUAGCUAAUUGCAACAUUUAUGAAAAUAAUUUUAGACAGUCACCUGAAAAUUGGCUUUCUAAAGUAAAUGCAAGCUGUUAUAAAACCGGCAUUGCAAUUCGACAGCUAUUCAUUCAGUGUACUUGUACAUACAGUAAUUGGAUGCCGAUAAGGCUGUCAAUAAAAUGCAAGUAGAUUACCCGGUACUUACUGACAACCAUGAAUUUGAAGUAAUACAAAAUGAAAGUGGUCUAAAAAGACUAGUGUAAUUUGAGUCAGGGGACUAUGAAAAGAAUAAGGUCCUUACUAACUGUUGAUCAUAUUUGAAAUUCUCUUUUUGUUUCACAGGGAAGAAAAAUUUAGUCUUCUAGGAGAAUCUAGCCAAGUAGAAAGCACACUAUCAUUUGACAGUAGAUAUUUUAACUACCCUCAUGUUUCUACUUGAUUGUUAUUUUUCAGCCAUCCCUUACCAGUCACACAAGAAGUGUGGUACAUGAUGUACCAGUUGGUGUUAUUCCUCAGAGGAACUGGGAAGAAUAUGAAGAACCAGCCAUGCCUGAUUUUGAUGUGAGUAUUCAGUAUCGCAUCUUUGAGUUGGCUCCAUGACGACUCCAUGAUUAUUUUGGGCUGUCACACAAGAAAUAGUGUUGCUAGGUUUCACCAUUUCCCCUCCUUUAGCUUGCAUGGCAGGUGCAAAAAUGGGGAUGGGGAGGGAAAGAAAAACAUGAAUGGGUAAAGUACUUUCCUUUCCUACCUCCCCCUCCGAUGACCCCCCUGCAAUACAGGCUACCCUCCCUAUAGAGGGCUUUAUUACCAGUCAUUUUGUAUCCCUGUGUUCCUUUGUGCAUAGUGUGUGGUCAAAGAAGAAGUGUAUGCAAGCAAUAAAAUUUCCCUGUGUUAAAUGCUAAGCAAUAAACAGUACUAUGCAACAGUGCAACCAAAGAGGUUUUAUUUGUUCUUUGUUUUUUCUCACUGUUAUGCUUACUCAGUGUUUGUUGUUUUUUAGGUAAGCAUCUACAUGCCAUCAAUGAAAGUGGUAAAAAAUGUAACUGAGAGAAUGAAGAACCUCAGCAAUUUUCUGGUCAGCGUUUGUAUUUCUUACUGACUUGUAUCAAUUUAUAACUGCUCUUAAUUUAUAAUUUACCCUACUUUUUUCCUUACGCGUACCGCAAUAAUCCUACCCUCCAAAUAGAAUUUGCUCAAUUGUUUUAAAACUGUUUUUCAUUGGUAGAUACUGUCCGCCAAUCAGAAUGGUUAUAUGACUCUUGGAAUUGAGACUGACUCGGUAACAGUUAAGACCCAUUUCAAGCACCUGGACACGCCUACUUGGGGUAUGUUGCAGAAAAAAACUUAAUCUAUUUGGAAUUGUGUACCUUUAAUUAAUAUUAUGAGGUCACCGUUGGGGGCUUAUACCCGCGUAUUACAGUUUAACCGCUUCAUACAGGUUUGAUAAACUUAAGAGUUAUCCAAGAAAAUGAAAAUGGUGAAAGAGCGAAAUAUCUAUCUCAUGAUAAAUUGACUUCCAUUUGUUUCUACCUCUGCUUGUGAAACGUAGGGAAGAAAAAGAAAAUUAAAUGCCGUACACCGUGCAAGUGAAGACAUAAAAAAUAACUCUUUGAGACCUCGGAAGAGGUGACCGCGACCGCUUAAUACAGAUCAUUUUUACUGUAAUAAAGGGAAGUAAUUUAGGUGUCGAGACUUGGGAAAUGACCGCUUGAUACAGGAUUGACUGUAGUAUUUAUCUAAUUGUCUCGAUUAAUGACUACCACACAGGCUAUCCGAACGUCACUCACCUUCCUUCAGAAAUGACCGUUUUUUGUCUGAGGCGGUAAAGUCGUCUUGUUUAAAAACGGUACUGACAGUCUACACGUAUCCGUUUUUGCUCGAACUCGGAGAUUUUUUUCUCCAGUUUGGCCUUCCGUCCACACGUAUCUAUUGAAAACGGUCACCGAAAACGUAUCUUUUAAAAACUACUGUCAAGAGAGAAAAGUUUUGAAAACGCCGUUUGCUGUUCCAUGUGAGUGGGUGAAAACAAAGGGUUUGUGAAAACGGUUGCAUGUACGUCACAGUGUUGGAUACCAGUAAAUGCGCAUGCUCCAGUCAAAGAUUGUACCGAACCGUUUUUCAUUCAUUAUUGCGUUUUCGUGUGGACGAGCGAAAAUGAUAAAAAAAACGCAACAUGUAGACGCAGAGGUUUGGAAGGCGGAAAAAAGUGUCCGUUUUCAAAAAUACGGAUACUUUAUAUUCAAAGAAAUGGACGCAAAAUGAAAAAAAAACCGUGUAAUAAGAAGCUAGAGGUUGCUACUGUAUGUUACAUUUUGUGUAUAUUUGGUGGGGAAAUUUUUACUUUAAACGUAUUAUACGUUGCUGGGAAACUGCCUACCUACACCUCCCCUAAGCCAACAUUUUAAAACACUUACUUCUUACUUAGCUUAGGGCAAAAUUUUGGCUUAGGGGAGGGGUAGGUGGGCAGUUUCCCAGAAACUUAUAAUGAUCCUAAUGUGUUAGGAAAAAGUCAGGGAAUAUUUUGAAACUGAUACCUUUGGUACCCGUGGAAUAAAAGUCUUAAGGGGCCUGCCAUAGUCGUCCCGGCCAGACCAGUUCCCAAGUUCGCACAAAGAAUUCCACUGUUAACAGGGGCACCCAACGAGAAUAUAGUUCAAAACCACUUAAACAUAGCAUUGUUGAACGUAUGUUAGUAUAUAAACGGUAGACAUAGGCAUAUUUUUUAUCCCCUAAACAUUUUUCAUCUGUUCGGAUUUCGUAGCUGAAAGUCUAGUGAUCCGAAAAUUAUAGAAAUCAAAACUUACUUUUUCGAAAUUUUCAGCAAGAAAAAAGGCUCCCAAAAAUUCUAGGUGACCGUUUUAAGAGUUAAAAUCCGUUAAAAAUCGGCAAUUAUACCAUUUUUCAGAUGUUCGAAAAUCCUAGGAGAGGCAGGCAAGCAAGAAAUUUUACAACAAAUGUUCCGAAAAUUCUAGAUCUCUAAUCGUCUUCCGAACAGAUAUUUUCCGAAAAUGGACGUUGGGUGCCCCUGUGUUAAGACAGAUCAGCCAGAUCAAACUCUUCUUAAAUCAGACGCAAAGCAGUAGAAGAACUUUAACGCUCUAAAAUGCCCAUUUCGUUGUCAAAAUAAAGGUCCGAUCAGCCAGUUCUGACCAGUUUUACUAGGCGCUCUUAGUAAAACUGACGGGCAACAAAAACGUUCAACUUGUUUUGCGACGUUGCUGAAAAACGAGUUGAAUAGCGGUGUUGCGCGUUUUACCACCCACGUUCAAACUGUAAAUUGUAAAUAUCUUAUUAUCCACUCCCCUCAGGGCUUUUCAGGGAUAAUUUACAACACUGGUUGGGGGACUUUUGCCAGACUGCUUAAGGCGCAGUUUACAAGUAAUGAAGGAAUGAGUAAUGAUGCCCCCAUACAUGAGUGUGAAAGUGAGAUAGACCACUACACCGGGCACUACGUGUCUUAAUCUUUACGAAGAGUGUGUGGGUUCUUUAACGUCCCACAGAUUUAUUACAUGUGCAAGGGCUUGUGAGACGAGGCCUACGGUUUAUCGUCCUUAUCCGAGAAGAAACCUGGUAACAACCUGAUUUGUUGCCAGACAGGUUUGAUGUGGAUGGUAAAACGCGCAACAUCGCUCUUCAACUCAUUUUGUAGCAAUGUUGAAAAACAAGUUGCAUGUUUUUUGUUGCCCGUUUUACUGUACCUUAGUGGAGGUAAGUUUAUUUGCCAGUGAUUUUAAAAAUCGGCUUAUUGUUUAUUUGAAUUAAUUUUGUAGAAGGCGAUUCUUCGCAACACCACAACCGUGAUCCUGACAAGAUGGCAGAGGCUAGAGUCGAUAUAAAAAAGUUGGCGACUUUUCUUCACGGGCAGCAAGUUAACCCAAGUAAAGUCAUAUGCAGUAAGUACAUAAUAUUUUUUCCACCAUUGAAUGCCGUGGUUACGUUUACAACUCGAACUUCCACUCUGUAGGUUUCUAUCGUUAAGGGCGGAUUUCCAUUUUCGCGUAAAAUUUACGUACGUAAAUAAAAUUGAGGCAAAGUAUGAAAGGUCGCGCCUGAACGACAAAGUUGAGUGAGGUUCAUCUUUUACGUUUACGUGCGACUCUUCAUAAAUUGCCGCAAAAUUUAGUGCGUACGUAUGUUAAAAUUACGCGACAGUGGAAAUCCGCCUUUACUGUCAAGCCAGCUCGGAUCUGUACGGCCAGGUCUUGCUGUCACGCAGUCGUGGAUUCUGUUAGGUUUAAGCCUUGCUGUCACGUUACCUCGUUCCCAGGUCCUAAUAGGUUAAUAAUUAUUUAUCUGUGCUUGUAAUUUUUAUAGAAGCUUCACAUAUUUGUCAUUCCAUUGGUUCCAUUGAAUAUCUGACAGUGAAAAUUUAAAUUUUGUUUUUGUCGGUAAUUUUUUCUCAGAUAUCGUCCAUGGGAAAGCUGUUCAGUUCCUCUUGCUUCAUGAAGACCUUUCCCUUCAAUAUCUCAUUCCAGCUGUUUCUCUUUGA